CUGGAACUUCCUCGUCGGCCACAACAGGGUCGAGGAGGGCUACCCGAAGGCCAUCCAUUACACGAUGGGCGGGCCGUGGUUCGACAGGUACAGGGACUGCGAGUUUGCGGACUUGUGGCUCAAGGAGCUGGAGGAGAUGGAGAGCGGUGAGAAGAAGGGGGAGGGUCAGAAGGGGAAGGAUCAGAAGGACGAGGAGGUUAUCGAUCGAGAAUAGGCGAUCGUUCUUGAGAUUGAAUUCCAUUUGUAUGUCUGUAUUGCUUGAUGUUGGUUGCUGGAUGUAUUGGUCCGAUUUGUUAUUAGGCCGUCGCCGUUGGAGGUGGUGAUUAGUAUGUGAUUUAUGGGUUUAUGAUAAAUUCGAUUUGAUUCUAUCCAUCUGCAUUGUCUGAAUUAUUGCUAUAUUCGUUGAUCAGAUAAAAAGGCGUAGGCCUGUUAAAAUCUCUUCAUAGGAGAGUUUCCUGUUUCUGAUUUUGAUUUUUAUGCUAAAUUUGAUUUUGAUUCUAUCCACGUGCCGGUGCCGCGCCAAGUGGCGGACGUGAUGUAGGCGGAUAUGAGGGCGGGGCUGGUCGCUGAUGGCGGGAGUGAUCUCAAGAUGAUCCUGAGUUACGUCGAUUCUCUUCCCACUGGGGAUGAAAAGGGUCUGUUUUACGCGUUGGAUCUUGGUGGAACAAAUUUCCGGGUGCUGAGGGUGCAAUUGGGAGGAAAGGAGAGCCGAGUGGUCGAUACUGAAUUCGAGCAAGUUGCAAUUCCUCAGGAGCUCAUGCAUAGUACUACGGAGGAGUUGUUUGAUUUUAUUGCUUCUGAGUUAGCAAGGUUUGCAGCGAAGGAGAGUGCGAGGUUUCGCUGGCCUCAAGGGAGGAAAGGAGAGAUUGGUUUUACAUUUUCUUUUCCUGUGAGGCAGACUUCAAUUGACUCAGGCAUUUUUAUCAAGUGGACAAAGGGUUUUGCUGUCUCUGGGACAGCAGGAAAGGACGUCGUUGAAUGCUUAAAAGAAGCAAUGAAAAGACAGGGUUUAGAUAUGCGGGUAUCAGCCUUGGUGAAUGAUGCAGUUGGAACACUAGCUGGAGCUCACUACUGGGAUGAAGAUGUGGUGGUUGCGGUAAUUCUGGGUACUGGUACCAAUGCAUGCUAUAUUGAGAGGAUGGAUGCCAUUGCUAAAAUGGGGAAACUUGCCGAUGGGUCAGGAAAAACGAUUAUCAACACUGAAUGGGGGGCAUUCUCAACUGGUCUUCCUUUGACUGUUUUUGAUAGAGAUAUGGAUUCUGAAAGCAUUAAUCCUGGAGAGCAGAUAUUUGAGAAAACAAUCUCUGGAAUGUACCUAGGUGAAAUUGUAAGAAGAGUGCUGCUUAAGAUGGCAAAAGCAUCAGCUUUGUUUGGAUAUCCUGUGCCUGACAAGCUAUCCACUCCUUUUGUGCUCAGGACUCCUGAUCUUUGCGCCAUGCAGCAGGAUGAUUCCAAGGAUCUGAAAGAAGUCGAGACAAUAUUGAGCAACACCAUUGGUGCAACAUACUCUACCUUAGGAGCCAGAAAAAUCGUGGUGGAGGUCUGUGACACCAUUGUGAAGCGAGGUGGAAGAUUGGCAGGAGCAGGGAUUGUGGGAAUUCUGCAAAAAAUGGAGCGAGAUUCCAAAGGCCUCGUCUUUGGAAAGAGAACGGUGGUUGCCAUGGAUGGUGGCCUUUAUGAGCAUUAUCCUCAGUAUCGAAACUAUCUCAAGGAAGCUGUUACAGAGUUACUUGGUUUCGAGAUUUCGAGAAAUGUGAUAAUUGAACACACAAAAGAUGGUUCUGGCAUUGGAGCAGCUCUUUUAGCCGCUUCUAAUUCAAAGCAUGUAUCUUAGCUCUAGAGUGGAAUGGCGAUCUCUGAAAGUAGUUCAUCCAGCAAUUUCUAUAUCCUCGUUUACUAUCAAAAGGAGGCUUCAGAUAGGAACAUGAGAUUAUUUGUGGAGAAUUAGUUUGUGACAAUUUUUGAGAGCCGUAUAUUUCGUGUAAUUGGUUUUUUUCUUUUUUCCUUUCCCUGCUGGCGAGUUAAGAGAGUCGCGUGAUUUGUAAUGCAGCAUUGGUAAACUAUUAUCUAAUUUGUAACUCGAACUGUUGAGAAUUAUGUUUUCA